CACCGGCGAGCCACAUCGAGAACACGAUCGAGCACACAAGCACGAAGACUCGUUUAGGAGAAACCACAAACCACCAAGCCGUGCAAGCAUCAUGGAGUACGGUCAGCAGGGGCAGCGCGGCCACGGCGCCACGGGCCAUGUCGACCAGUACGGCAACCCAGUCGGCGGCGUCGAGCACGGCACCGGCGGCAUGAGGCACGGCACGGGAACCACCGGCGGCAUGGGCCAGCUGGGUGAGCACGGCGGCGCUGGCAUGGGUGGCGGGCAGUUCCAGCCUGCGAGGGAGGAGCACAAGACCGGCGGCAUCCUGCAUCGCUCCGGCAGCUCCAGCUCCAGCUCGUCGGAGGACGACGGCAUGGGCGGAAGGAGGAAGAAGGGAAUCAAGGAGAAGAUCAAAGAGAAGCUGCCCGGAGGCCACAAGGACGACCAGCACGCCACGGCGACGACCGGCGGCGCCUAUGGGCAGCAGGGACACACCGGCAGCGCCUACGGGCAGCAGGGACACACCGGCGGCGCCUACGCCACCGGCACCGAGGGCACCGGCGAGAAGAAAGGCAUUAUGGACAAGAUCAAGGAGAAGCUGCCCGGACAGCACUGAGCGGCGCCUAUACGUGGCUGUGCUGUGCUGUGCUGGCGCGUCAAAGCCGUACUCUUCAGCGUUCCAUAGAUAAUAAGAUAAACCCAUGAAUAAGUGUCCCUACCCUUUGAUCAUGUGACAGGGACAGGGACAGGGACAGUUUCCUGUACUUGUGGGGUGAAUUUGUACGUGUGAUACGGUAACUUGGUCCGUGUACUGUUUAUGCUGCUACGUUUUCCUUCCUAAAAGUACGUAUAUAUAUACAGCACUUGCGAGUGGCUUUACUUG